UAUGCGCACAAGGUACGUAAUAUAUAAACCAUGACCACAGUUGACAAACACACAAUACCAAAAUCUGAACCCUAACGAGUAGUGGAUGAUGGCUUCUUCCUCUCCCUGUCUUGUUGCUGUUUUUGUGGCAAUUUGGUUACAGUUUCUCUCAAUCUCUGCUUCAACAAAAUCCAUCGACGCCAUAUGCCAACAUGUCACCGACAAACGCUUCUGCAUCAAAACUUUGACUGCUUAUCCUCCGGCGGCUUCUGCCACCAACACGUUCCAAACGGUGAGUGCUGCCAUCCACAUUGCCGAGUCCUAUGCCGAGAAGUGUAGAAAAUUCACCGAAAAAACUGCAAAAGAGAAUCCGAAAAUGAAGGAGCAAUUCAUGGAUUGUCAGGAUGCCUACCAUCGUAUUGUAAUGUCUCUCAGGAGUGCUGCCGGGGAGCUCAAAGUUUCGCCGGACACUUCAAACUAUGAUGUCAUGGUUUGUACAGACCAAACUACGAUGGUGAAGGAUUUGGUCGGGAAAAAUAGAGACGUGGCUUCAAAUACUAUCAUGAAGAUGACAUUAAUGAUGAAUAAGCUUAUUGCUAUUGCCGCAGCAGCCACCGAUCUUCUUUUCCCAACCGAACCAUGAGAACGCACCGGGUUGUAGGCCUUCAUAGUAACUACAAAUUUGUUGAACUGGUUGAAUUUAGUCAAUCCGUAUAACAAUAUGUGGAACUACUACAAAAAACAUAAUUGUCUAAUCAUGUUGCUCCAGUUUAAAAUGACUAGGCUAUACUUUCAAUUACGUUAUAUGUUUCCUUCAUCGAUCAAGAAAAAGAAAA